CUUUCUUCUCGCUGGGAGAUUGGAGGACCGGCGAGGGGUGUUUGUGGAGCCGGCGGGCGGGCCGCGGCGGGCGGACUCUCCUUCCUGCACCUCCUUGGUGCUGGGAGGCGGGCCUCGGAGUGGCUGUCUGCGCCGCCGCCUCUGUGGGCUGGGCGAACUCACGUGACCCGCGCGGGCUCUGGAGCGGCUGGCAGCACUGAGGAAGCGGCGGCGGCGACAGCAGCUGGGAGGUAGCGACCUGGAGAGCGACCGGCCGGCUGCCCUCUCGGACGGCCGCGGCGAAAGAGAAAAAUGGCGGAGGCCUCGGCGGCCGGGGCCGGCGCGGGCGCCGCGGUUGCGGCGCACCGGUUUUUCUGCCACUUUUGCAAGGGCGAGGUCAGCCCCAAACUACCGGAAUAUAUUUGUCCCAGAUGUGAAUCAGGCUUUAUUGAAGAAAUGACAGAUGAUUCCAGUUUUUUAGGUGGUGGCAGCAGCACAUCAACACAUUUUGCAGAGUUCUGGGACCAUUUGGACCCCACGAUGUUUUUCCAAGAUUUUAGACCCUUUCUAAGUAGCAGUCUACUGGACCAAGAUAAUAGAGCCAAUGAGAGGGGUCACCAAACUCACACUGACUUCUGGGGACCAAGUCGGCCUCCACGGCUGUCAGUGACUCAAAGAUACAGAUCUCGAGGAAGUACUCGUCCUGAUAGAUCCCCUGCUUUUGAAAGAGUACUACAACAGAUCAUUGCAGGAUUCAUUCCUGGAUCCCCAUUUUCUUGGAGCGGGAUGCUGCACUCCAACCCUGGGGACUAUGCCUGGGGUCAGACAGGGCUUGAUGCCAUUGUAACUCAGCUUUUAGGACAACUGGAAAACACAGGGCCUCCCCCAGCUGACAAGGAAAAGAUCACAUCUCUUCCAACAGUGACAGUAACUCAGGAACAAGUUGAUAAGGGUUUAGAGUGUCCAGUAUGCAAAGAGGAUUACACAGUUGAGGAGGAAGUCCGGCAGUUACCCUGCAACCACUUCUUUCACAGCAGUUGUAUUGUGCCGUGGUUAGAACUGCACGACGCAUGUCCUGUAUGUAGGAAGAGCUUAAAUGGUGAGGACUCUACUCAGCAAACCCAGACCUCUGGGCCCUCUGCAAGCAACAGAUUUAGCAGUGACAGCCAGCUACAUGACCGAUGGACUUUCUGAAACUAAAGACCGCCUCUGAGCCAGGGCUAUAGUAGACCUCUUAUCACAGCUGUUAAUUGUAUCAAAACAAAAAAAUCGUAGGUGAAUUUAGGAAUCACCUAAGAAACCCCAAUCCAUAAUAUUCAUUCAUUGAGUGUUUUUCUUCUCUAAAUUUAAAAUUAGUAUCUACAGAUGGAAUUGUAUCUACAACCAAAUGCCUCUCAUUCUUGAAUUCAGAGCGAUAAUUCUGUAAGUGCAAAACUUAAUUAUGUGGGUUUCCCCUGCCAGAAUAGAAUCAGUUCCUUAAAGUCUAGCUAGGGUCCUGCUAUCUGUCAUGUUACCUUGUGAUGGAUGUUUCCACCUCUUUCUCCAACCUCCACCCUAUCAUUAGUGUACUUUACACUAAAUACAGUGGAACCAGAGCCCUAAAGUCCUGCUGAUAUAAAGUCCUUCUGUUUUAAUUGUACAAAAGCAUCUACUUUUGGCCACAUUAGCCACGAAGUGAGAUCAGAUUAAUUCAAGAAUCUGAGACUAAUGAUUCUUGUUUUUUUCUUAAAUCUUCAGAGAGCAAAUCAAAGAAAAAUUACAGUGGGAAGGAGAAAGUGGCUUAUCAUUGUACCUUUGAUUUUCUCAUUUUUAUUUUUAAAGACUACUUCACAAGAUGCAGCUUCUGCAGAAACCAACCUGACAUGUCUUAGGAGUCUUAUGUUGGGAGGAAUCUGAUUCUGGUUCCUUUUUGGGAAUGAGUUGGGCAGCAUACAGGCACAGAAAGACAGAUGUUUGAAAUCUUCGGUUCCGAGGUUUUUUAGUGAUCCCCAACUCAUUGUUUAUCCUGGGGACCUUAAAAUAAUUUCCCUCACAGAAAUAGAAUUACUUCAUUACUGCUUCUACAGCUAAGUCAUUGUUUUUUGUAAUUCACUGGUCUUCAGGAAUUGAGAUUUUAUGUUGUCCCAUUUUAAUUUUUUAAGCCCAUUUAUCAUCUCUGAAACCUUUCUGUUUGCUUGGUUCUGGCUGUACUUGGAGUCAUACUGAUUAUUGUGAUCAUGCCCAAACAACUUGGCCUAGGAGAGGUAGGCCUUCUUUUUUUAGCCUAACAGUGUCCCAUGCACAUGCACAUGUACAUGCUCUUUGGUGCAUUUAAGUGUUUAAAGUUGAAUAAAUGAAGAAGAUUAAGAAUGU